AUGGAACACGCACUCCUUGUUUCGGGCUAUCGCUCCAAGGUAAGAUUGAGGUUCGCGAGCAAGAGCCAGGUUUCCACCCCAAGAGUUGUCAGGCCAGAUUACUGCGGCAUAGUGGGGAUGUUCAAGCACGGAUGUUGGAGUCUCACGAGGACUUCGCCGUCUCAAACCAUGAUCCAAUCUACGAGAGCGCAUGAAGAUGAGAUAGUUACCCUUACAGAGUAUUGCCAUCGUGAGACUUGGGUAUUUCCCAAUGUUUUACGAAGCCUUCGUCUGUGUUUGCUCCCCAAUCAGCUUCCCCUCUCGCACGGUGUAAGGCUUCAGCACACCCACUUCUGCCCUUCGCGCACGCCGCAACAACCAACAAGAACGGCUAAAGCGGCGUGUCGUGGCGUCGGAAGCAGCAAGAGCAAGCCCCAAAUAUUCCAGCAAAGGACCAUCGCAACUGCCCGCCCAAGCAGCGUCCGGGUGGAGUCGCGUGGAGACGGCGACGCGCUAGAAAAGGCUGCGGACGUGGCUGGAGUUGCUGCGCUGGGCUGA